AUGAGUAAUAAAUGCUUUUUUUUCUUUCUCUUUUAUAGAGUAUUGUGUAUAUGUGGGAAUCAAACACAUAUAGCAACAGGUAGUCUUGAUCGAAGAAUUAACAUUUGGUUAUUAAAUGAUGGAACAUUAUUUCAAACAUUAGUUGGUCAUAUAAAAGGUGUUUGGGCAUUGAAGUUUCUUUCAUCAGCAAUUUUAAUUAGUGGAUCAUAUGAUGCAACAAUCAAAAUUUGGAAUAUUAAUACUAGUAUUUGCUUACGUACUCUCUUGUCACAUAAAGGUCCUGUUUGGUCAUUAGCAUGUUCAGAUAUAUUUUGUUUAUCUGGAUCUCAAGAUCGAACUGCUCGUUUAUGGCUUUUACCUAAAUGUGAACUUCAUGCAACGUUAACCGGUCAUACAUCAAGUGUAUUUGGUGUUGAUCUCAAUCAAGAACAAAAUCUUUGUGCAACAUCUUCAGCUGAUAAAACAGUUCGAAUAUGGUCAUUAACUACACAUCGAUGUGUAAAAAUUUUACAUGCUUCAACAGAUGAAUAUAUAAUGAGUGUUUCACUUCAACAUGGUUUUAUAGCUUAUUCGUUUGGUGUUCAUAUUCUAAUCUAUCGAAUUAAUAUAACAGAACUUCGAUUAUGUACUGCUCAAAAACUAAUGGAAACACAAGAACAUCGAGGACGAAUUGAAAGUGUUCAGUUAUUAUUAUUAAGUGAUGAAGACAAACAACCAUCACUAGUAUCUACUGGUCAUGAUGGUUUAAUUAAAUAUUGGGAUUUAAAAAAUGUUACAAGUCGGCAUACAUUUAAUGCACAAAAUGAUAGUGUUGUUAAAAUAAAUUGUAUAUAUGCUGAUCGAACCCAUAUUGCUUCUGUUGGUGAUGAUUGUUUAGUGAAAAUUUUAGAUUUCGCAACACGACCACAUCAAAAAUAA